AUGGUAUACCUUUAUCCUACUGGCGAUGCUGAUUGCAUCACUGCCUACCUUGCCACGGACUUUACAGACAAUGAGUUGAAAGAGCUCAAGAUAGCCUUCGAAUUUGGCGCUUGUUCACGAUUCGAUCCUCUACUUGAACUCAAGAUCGUCCGAGCACCUGAAGACUAUUUGGGAAAAUCACACCGAUACAUACGCGCCCGAGAAAAUGAUGCCGGCCGAGAAGAUGCUUUCGCUCUCAUUGACGAUGAAGCCAAAGAAAGAGGCGGAAUAUGGUACAUUGAUCGAUUCGCGGAAGAAGAUCAAGUUGAAAACGAGACAGCUGAGAGUACCGACGUCGUCAUCAAGAUUUUGAUCCAGCCCGUGCCUUUUGCUCUAGCUGCAGUAAACUACCGUAUUGCGAAUAUGUCAGUUGAAGAGGACCUCGAAACCUGCGGCGUAGAGUUUCCUCUCAAAAACGAUUUCCAUCAGCCGGAGGUGCUGGAUGAUCGGGGAAUGGACUUUGAUGCUCAGCAGAGGUCUUACUCCGCGCGGAUUACAGCGGAACCUGGCGAGUUUGAAGAGAGCACUGAUGAUCAGGAUCGGAGUGGUUUCUUGCCUCGUCCCGAUAAGGUUGUGAGACUUAAAGAAGAGGUUGCGCGAUCCAUUGGCGUGGUUAGCAGGUGGACAUGGCCCAGUAAACCGGAACCAGCUGAGAAUGACGAUGGAACGAAGAUAAAGUUUCCUCCUGGAAGUGUUCAGCUGCAGCAGAACUACAAUCCCGACUUUCCUUGGCCGGAGUACGAGUGGCCGGAUGGGUCACUGUGA